AGGCACCCCGUGUUUGUGCUGGGCGAGGCGGGGCUGAAGAAGAGCCACAUCGGCGCCCUGGUCCACUACACCAGCGCCGACAGCCACCUGCCGCUGGUGAAGGUCGAUUUUGAAGCCACCCGGGACCCCGCUGCGGUGCUGUUUGGCUCCAAUGGCAGCAGCGGCCUGCUGGAGAGCCUGCAGCAGACGGGUGGCACGCUGCUGCUGAACAACGUGCACGUGGUGCCAGAGGGACCACUUCGUCGCAGGCUGCAGGGCCUGCUGCUGCCGGGGAGCCGCCCCAGCAGUGUGCGCAUCGUCGCCACUUCUGCGCAGCCCAUGGCUGACCUGCAGCAGGCAUCUACGAUGAUCAAGGUGCCGCCGCUGCGGGCCCGUCCCGCCGACGUGAAAGAGCUAGCAGCGCACUACCUGCAGCUGCACGCCACACGCGCCGGCAUCAAGGGGCUCACCAUGGAUGCGCCGGCGCUGAGGCACCUGACCAGCUACAGCUUUCCACUUAAUCUGGACGAGCUGCGCACCAUUGUGGAACGAGUGGCCAUACAGGCCAAGGGCGAGGAGCUGGAGCUCUGUGAGGCCGACUUCUGGCACGCCACAGAGGAGAAGGACCGCCACCGCAUCAACCUGCUGGACACCUUCCCCGCCAUCCGAGAGCUGCUGCGCUCUGGCGCCUUCCCUGUCGGCUUCAACCGCAUCGUCAAGCCCUACGGCUACCCCCUGCUGCUGGCCCUGCUGUUCUUCGGGCCGCAGGACCGCGCCCACAACCUGGGCCUCAGCGCUGUGUGGUGCUGGUGGUGGCCAUCUAUGUUCCUGCUCUACCCGCUGCUGGGGCGUUGGUGGUGCUCAGUCUGCCCCUUCAUGGUGACUGGGGAGCUUGUGCAGGAGUGGCGCUCCUCGCUGUGGCCCGACGUCUCCUUUGCCAAGUGGCCCAAGCAGGCUGCCGAGAAGUGGGGCCCCUGGCUCAUGCUGGCCCUGUUUUCCGGCAUCCUCGUUUGGGAGGAUGUGUGGGAGCUCAACGACAAUGCCUACCUCACUGGCUCGCUACUGGCCCUCAUCACGGCAGGUGCCGUCAUCAGCGGCUUGAUCUUCCCUCGCCGCUUCUGGUGCCGCUGGCUGUGCCCCAUCGGCGGCAUGAACGGCCUGUUCGCCAAGCUGUCUGCAACGGAGCUGUGCUCUAACCAGGGUGUCUGCUCAGCCGAGUGCACGAGCUACUACUGCCUCAAAGGCGCACCCCCGGACGAGAGCAGGCACAGCGCGGUGCCGCCCGGCUGCCCCAUGGCCUCCCACUCCAACUCCUUGAAGGACAAUGCGGUGUGCACCAUGUGCACCACCUGCGUUGCCAUGUGCCCGCACGACAAUGUCGAGCUGCGCCUGCGGCCUCCUGGCAUCGACCUGUGGACCACCCACAUCCAGAGCGCCGGCGAGGCCAGCCUGCUGUUCCUGCUGCUGGGAGCGGUCUACCUGCACCGCAUGCCACACGUGCUGUCGCUGCUGCACAUCGACCCCUCCCUGCUGGACAGCCAGCUCACCUUCUGCGGCGUGGCGCUGGCAGCCCUGUCAGUGCCAGGCCUGCUCCUCUGGGCAGCCCACACAGCAGUCAAUGUUGGCUGGGCCUUGGGCAGCGGGGCCAGCGGCAUGACUGGCAGCCAGCUGUCUCCGUCCCCUGCCUACCACGCCACCCUGGGCCCGACCAUCAUGCGCAGCUCGGCCUCCUUCCUCACCCUCGCCUACGCCUACCUGCUGGGUCUCUCCGCAGACAGCGCCCCCGGCCUGGCAGCGCACCCUGCUGUCGUCACCUUUCUGCAGGGCGGCCUGCUAGCGCUCGGCACCUCUGGCUCCCUGGUCCUG